GUGCAUGGCUGAACAUCGAGACUGGCGCAAGUGUCAAGAGGCGGUUCGUAAUUUUCAAAUGUGCAUAGAACGUAACGCGAAGAAACCUGGAAGCCAAUAGCUGGUUUCGUUUGGGAGCAUGGCGUCAGCAUCGGAAGCGUGGGGCUCUGCAAGUAGCGCUGCUGUCAACAGUUCUGACCAAAAAUUCGAGGACAACUUCAGUCCAGCGAGAGCCAUACCGGACACUGACCACUACGUGGCCGCCCUAGAGUCCCGGCUGGCCAGACUGAAAGGUCGGAACCGAGACGUGACGGCUCGAGAGAUGCUCGCCGUGCUGGGAGAAGCACGGCACGACCACACGGGUCGUCUCAUCUCGUCUGACCCAGUGCCAUCCGCACCAGAAGUCCCCACCUCUUACUUGCUGAGCGACGACAGCGAUGCUCCCAUCCAUGCGACAUAUCUUGAGAGACGGCUCUUUCCUGAGAGGCAGGCUUUGACGCAGGAAGAGCUCAGGCACCUCCUGGAAGCCGACUUCCUGGAAAAACAGGCACUGGCUGCUGCAGCCGCAACUGCCGGCGAAGCUCGAGACAGGGCGAGCAUCUCCAGCGCCGAUUCAGAGCCCAACCGGUGAAUAAUGCAGUCGGUCUAGGCUUCAGGACCCCCGUGCAAUGAAUCCACGAAUGUUCCUCCUGUACAUUGUGGCCAGAAGCUGUCUCGCAACAAUGGCAUCCAGUGCUGUUGCACUUGUGUACAGCAGUGCCUGAAAAAUCUGUUUCGUCAUGUGAAAUGUAAGGUUAGAUGGCAUCAUCUAGUCUCCUGUUCAUAUGCUAUUGCACUGAAUAAAUCUGUCUUCACAGAUCUGUCUACACA